UGGUAUCACGUUAGCAUGUGGAAUUUCAUAUGAUUGUUAAUGGUUUACUCUGAAAUAUCCACAUGUUACAACGUUUGUAAAAUAUUCUGAGUACUUUAUUAUUUCAUAUUUAAUUAAAUAUGGACGAAUUAGUUGUUGGCACCUAUGAGGGAUUUUUGUUAGGUUAUGCAAUACACUUGGAAAAUGAAGAGAAAAAGCUGAAACAAACAUUUGCCGCUCAGUCACAUACAGCAUCUGUUCGUUGUAUUUCUACUGCAGGAAAAUUUCUUGCAUCAGGCGGUACAGAUGAUAAGGUGGUAGUCAUAGACUUAAAGACCCGUAAAGAACAUACUGUCCUUAUGAACCACGAUGGUACAGUCAAUGUUUUAGCAUUCACAAAUGGUGCCACUCAUUUGCUCACUGGCAGUGAUGAUGGCAAAAUCAUAGUCACUAGAACAGGCAAUUGGCAAAUUGAAAAGAUCUGGAAGAAAGCUCAUGGAGGUCAUCCUGUCACGGCUAUUGCUGUCCACCCUUCUGAUAAACUAGCUCUUAGCAUUGGUGGUGACAAAACUUUGAGAACAUGGAAUUUAAUCAAAGGGAGACCAGCAUUUGCCAUUAAUCUUGCAAGUAAAGGAAUACAUAUGCCGACUGAAAUUAAAUUCUCUCCUGCAGGUGAUAGAUUUUCAUUAGUAUAUCAACAAUGUGUUGAUAUUUGGACUUUAAGCAAAGCAGGAGUGGAGAAACAUAUAACUUGUAAUUCAAAACCUACUUCUGUUCAAUGGAUUUCUGAUGAAAGAUUAUAUAUUGGGUUAGAAAAUGGAAAUAUAAUCACAAUUACAGUUACAGACACAAAAGCAUUAACUUACAAAGCUCACAAACACAGAGUAAAAUGUUUGCAUUAUGAGAGUGAUAUGUUAUAUUCAGCAUCUAGUGCAGGUGAAUUAAAAGUCUGGUCUAUUUCAGACUUUAAGUUAAAUGAAAUUUGUUCAAAUAAUGCUGGAUGUCGAAUUACAUGUGUAGCAUUAAAUAAACAAAGUCAUCUCAUUAAAAAAGAAAAGGAGUUUGAUGAAAAUGAAAGGAUAAAUGAACAAGAAAGAGAAGCAAUUGUUGAAACUGAUGAGGAAUCAGAGGAUGAUAACGAUUCACCAAAAGCAAAAAAACGAAAAGCAGGUGCUUUUGUCACUGUCAGUUAUGAUGGAGAAAGUGAGGAAGAAAAGAGAAAAGAGGCACCACCUGUUAAAAAGAAGUUAAAGAAAAGAAGAAGAAGCAAGAAAUCUAAAAAUAGAGAUGAUAAAUAGAUUUUUAC